UAAGGGGGUGGGGGGUUAUUUCUGCCAUCAGACGAAUUUUGAGUUGCGCGCAAGCGCCGCGACGCUCCUUCGAACGCCGCACAUCAAACGUGGCGGCUAUAGGUUAAAUCCUCGGUAUCCCGUUUUUCUUGUUUUUCCCGCGUUGCCUCCUGAUCCCGCCUUCAAAAGUACUCGCGGACCAAUCAGUUGCCUAUACCGUCGCGACGAUAUCCGUCGGUACUGUCUCUUUACUGUGUGACAUUGCCGUCGGUGCAGUCAACGUUUAUCCGAACAGAUCGGCUGUCAUCCACCAAUAUACACAUAUAUAUAUAGAUAUAUUAUUGCGAUAUUUGAAUUUUCAUCCUCUAAAAAUUGGCGGAACGAUUAGUCAAGAAAAAUAAUUUUUUUUUUUCGUUUUCAUCUGGAUUUAUUAAAAAAAAAACUCUUCUCAAUUUUUGAAAAACAUUUAAAAUUGAAGAAAAAUGAAUGGAGGAACAAUUGUUGGACCGUCGGACGAUCAGUGUAUUCAACAUCGACAGUCGCAAAAUGAAACAAGUUCAGAGCAUCCACAAAGUCCGAAUAGUCCUUUGAGCAUUCGUCAUGAUUCGGGGGAGAGUACAGUGAUUUCUCCGGGUCUACCGGAACGAUAUAGUCCACUUGGUGCAACAGGAUCAGUUUCAAGUCAAGAUCCUUAUGUAUCAAGAUCAGUGCAAGAAUGUCCGGUUCCAUUGUGUCGUGGGAUGCCCAGCAAUUUUUCUGUUGCACCAUCUCCCUAUUUGACUGCUCUUGAAAAUGGACAUCCUCAUAUUCUUGGACAAGUUCAACAACAGCAACAUCAACAGCAACAACAGCAGCAACAACAACAACAACACUCACAACAUGGUACCAAAUCACCUCGAAGUCUUGGAUUAGUUUGUGUCGUUUGCGGUGAUACAAGUUCAGGAAAACAUUACGGAAUUCUUGCCUGCAAUGGAUGCAGUGGUUUUUUCAAAAGAAGCGUACGAAGAAAAUUAAUUUAUCGAUGUCAAGCGGGAACUGGAAGAUGCAUUGUCGAUAAAGCGCACAGAAAUCAAUGUCAAGCAUGCCGCUUAAAGAAAUGUAUGCACAUGGGAAUGAAUAAAGAUGCUGUCCAGAAUGAGAGACAACCAAGAAAUACUGCGACCAUUAGACCGGAAGCUUUAAUAGAAAUGGAUCAGGAACGAGCAUUGCGAGAAGCUGCCGUCGCUGUCGGAGUAUUUGGACCACCGGUGUCAUUGGCAAUGGCUAGAUAUGGAACACCUUUACCUUUGCCUACUGUUGCUCCGACAACAAAUUCUUCGACUGCAAACACACCACCUCGUCAAGAUACUGACGAUGGAAAUGGUUCUGAGGACAGUAUAGAUGUGACAAAUGAGGAACCAUUGAUGCCCCAACGAAGUGGUUGUACACAAUUGACGCCAAUAGUUCCAACUCUUUAUUCUCCGGUGAGUGCCGAAACAGUUUACGAAACGAGUGCAAGAUUGCUUUUCAUGGCUGUUAAAUGGGCAAAAAAUUUACCCUCAUUCGCGAGUCUACCAUUUAGAGACCAAGUGAUACUAUUGGAGGAAGCGUGGUCGGAACUCUUUUUAUUGAAUGCCGUUCAAUGGUGUCUACCAUUGGAGUCAUCGCCACUUUUCAGUGCUGCUGAAUUGACUGCUUUAACUGUUUCACCACAUUCACAUCCACAUUCGGGAAUGCAUUUAGCGACAAAUGGAAAACCAAGUCAAGUCGCAGCUGACGUUAGACAUCUUCAUGAUACUCUACAAAGAUAUAAAGCUGUUAUGGUUGAUCCCGCUGAAUUUGCAUGCAUGAAAGCCAUUGUUUUAUUUCGACCAGAAACACGUGGUUUAAAGGAUUCAAGUCAAAUAGAAAAUUUACAAGAUCAGGCUCAAGUUAUGUUGGGACAACACGCGAGAGCACAACAACCAACAAGACCAGAGAGAUUUGGACGAUUGUUAUUACUUUUACCAUUAUUGAGGACCGUUCCUGCACCAAGAGUUGAAUUGAUUUAUUUCCACAGGACAAUUGGCAACACACCCAUGGAGAAAGUUCUCUGCGAUAUGUAUAAAAAUUAAAUUCAUUAUUUAUAUAAAUAUAAUAAUAGUUUCAAAUGAAACCAGUAAACUAAAAAAACAAAACAGUCACAUAGUUUGUGACAAAAAAAAAAAAAAAAAAAAAAAAGAUACCAGGCUGUGACCGCAGAUGAAUUUCAUGUCAGUGAAAAGUAAGUCAUACAUCAAAAUUUCGUAAAUAAAAAUAGUGAAUAUUUACUAUUUAAGAAUAUAGUUUAGAAUAUUCUUUUUUCUUUAAAUGAAAAUUCAUUUAUACUAUAUUCUUAAAUAAGAAUAAUUCAAUUAUAGAAAUUUUGAAGA